AUGGCGACAGUCCCAUCUGCCGCACUCAAUCUUGCACCAUCUACAAGAUUUACACCAUUUAUGGGCACUUCUCUUCUGGGUUCUUCCAGUUCAGUAUUCUUUAAUAACAAUAUCAAUGGCCGUGCCAAUCUUGGCCUGGUUCUUGGUGGAUCGAGAAGAAUUAGCAGGAACCAGAAAAAGGGGAUGUCGUGUAACUGCUUAUUCGGACUUGGGGUGCCGGAGCUAGUGGUCAUUGCUGGAGUGGCUGCCCUUGUUUUCGGGCCCAAGCAGAUUCCGGAAGUCGGCCGUAGUAUUGGCAAGACUGUCAAGAGCUUCCAACAGGCGGCAAAAGAAUUUGAAACAGAACUGAAAAAGGAUACUGAUUCUCCAUUGGAGGCACCUGAAAAUAUCACGGGAGUUAGUGAAGAAGAGAAGCACGAAGCCAAAGUCUCAAGCAUGGAGAGUUCUUAA